AUGCUCGCAGAAGCAGAUGCAGCCACUGCAGCUCCAUUGAUGGUCGUCAUCGGUGAGCGCGAGCCAAUAUCUCAUUCCGUGGAGGUUCAGUUUGAAGUGUCCAUGCAUAAAGCUCUUGGCGGCCAGGCCCGGGCCACAAAAUGGCAGACCGCUUUCUGGUUGGCGCAGCAGAUGCAGGAGGACGGGAUAUUGCCAAACUCUAUCACCACAACGCUGCUGCUCGUGGCUUGCCGGCCACGGCGUUGGCGAUCCGCGCUGGUCCUGCUUGCCUCGGCUGUUUCCCUGGCAGCCUGGAAUGUGGCUCUAGGACUGGCGCCCACGCCCCGCUUGGCCUUCAAGUGGCUCUGCGACAUGACGCAGUCCGCGCUGAGGCCGGAUCCUGUCAGCUUCGGCGCAGUGACCGCGAGUGCGAGCGCCUUGUGCGGCACUGCCAGUGCCACGAGCUUCUGGCAUUAUGCCCUGUUUACCAUGGAUCUCGGACGGAGCUGUCUGGGAGAGAGGCCCCUUCCCAGUGCCCGCUGCGCCGCCCUCACGGCUUUGGCCCGCGGUGCGCACUGGCUCGCCGCACGGCAGGCUCUGGCAUCCACGGUCUCCCCCACAGUCGAGGAGCUCAACGCUGCGACGUCUGCUGUAGAGCGGUGGGCCGAUGCCGUAGCCAUCGUCUUCGGGCAGCGAGGCCAAUCCCUGCGCCCGGAUGCCAUCGGCCGCAACGCUGCCUCCACAGCGUGUGCCCGCGCCGCACGUUGGCAGGAGGUCUAUGCCCUGACAUUCCGGCUUGGGAAGCCUGAUGCAAUUGGCAUUGGUGCCAGCUUCAGCGCGCUUGCGGCGGGCGCUGCAGUCCCACAGGCCUGGUGUUGGGCUUGGGGCCUCCUGGCCGCUACGCAAAGUCAAGGUGUCCUCCUUGACACGCUUGCCCUGAACGCGGCCGCUGCGCUUCCGCGCUGGGACCGUGCCGCCGCGCUGCUGGCGACCUUCCCGGCACGUCAGCUGAAGCCAACUUCCAGCACUGUGGCGACAGUGCUCUCCAGCCUGGGAGACCGGGCGCUGUGGGAAAAUGCUCUGGACCUCCUUGCCGCGCGGGGGGCGAGCGACACGACGCCUGCCAAUGCAGGCAUGGCCGCCUGCGAUCGCGGCGGCGCGUGGCAGCAAGCUUUGUGCCUGCUGGCCGGCCGCGGCCUUCGCCGCGAUGAAGUCGGCCUGGGGGCGGCGCAAAGUGCCGUCGGGAAGUCUGGCGACUGGGCUGGCGCCCUCUCCCUUUUGAAUGAAGGCCGUUUGUCUUCUUUGAGGGUGACGGACGUGUCACUUGCAGCUGCCCUGGCCUCGAGCCGAGAGGUUUGGAAGGUGGCGGUGUCCUUGCAAGACUGGGCCGCCAAGCAGCAUCUGGAGGUCGCCGAACUCGCGCGGUUGGCACUGCUCGCCGCCACAGGCGCAGCUGGAGUGUGGACACGCUCGCUGAUGCUGUGGCCAGCUUCUCUAGGAAGUGCCGGGGAGACCACGCUGCGCAGCACCAAUGCCGCCGUUUCGUCCUGCGUUCUUUCCGCAGCAUGGCCCUGGGCUGUUCGACUGGUCGGCGAGGUCAGUCAGUUGGAGAUGUCGCAGACCGCCAUCACUCAGCAGGCGGCGUUGGCUGCAUUUGAAGCCUCUGGACAGUGUCGGCGCGCGGUUGCGGUUUUGGAG